AUGGCAAGCAUUCAUCAUGGCUCUAUCUUGGAAAAUGCCCUCUUUCUAUGUCAGGGACACUCCAAUUUCCAACCGAAGAAUCCAGCUCGUGAGACUUUGUUGACGGUGCUAGAUCAAGAUAACCAUGAUUUUGAGCGUCGCUUGCAGUCCGAAGCGCCAUCAAGCCUAGACGCAGCCGGUAAUAUCAGUGUAAUUCCUUUGGACAGUAGCUCCAGUGUCAACUCUACUGGACCAGCCGACGUGAAGCUCCACCAUCAAUACGAAUCAAUAUAUUUCCGCUACAAUUUUCUGACAGGGCAUACCCUCUACAUUCUGCCAAAAUCAAAGCCCGAUUUACGCGAUCUCAUUCAAGCAAUCGGCGACAGAUUCGAAGGAUCCUCUCCAGAUCUUCUAUCGGCUGAAAAGCUGGAUAUUGGGGAGAAAAGUCAGCCUCUGCACCCUCUAACACUACACUCAGUGGUAAUGCUCUAUGUGCUCUCAUCCAGAAACACCGAACUGAAUAAUCUGGUGAAAUGGCUACUGUGGAUUGAGACUCAACUUCACCAAGGCUCAAUCUUCGAAGUCACGGGCUCGGAUCGCUUCUCAAGAUACAUACAGCUACUCCACAAUAUGUCACGAAAACUGAUAACCUUAGAGCACAAUAAUCAGCGUGACGCAUCAAAUAUCGGCCAUCUGCUCCGAGAUCACGAGCGGCUUGGAAGAUUAGCCGACCUCCACGGUACAUACCUCGACCGAACAACGCAUCAGAGAGUAUGUGACGAUCUACUCAUGCUCCACGACUUGUGCGACGACCGUCAUCGCCGAAUUCUGAAUUUGCAAAGAAGAACCAGUAACUUCGUUACGCUUCUGUACCAUCUCAUUACUGGUCAUGACAGCACGAUCAAUCUGCAGAUUGCCACAGAAAGUGCCAAGAUUGCGCAAGAUGCGCGAAAAGACAGCAUGUCGAUGAAGAUUAUUGCAGGAAUGACAAUGCUCUAUCUUCCUGCGACCUUUGUCUGUAGUCUCUUUGGGACGAAUCUGAUCGUUUUGGAUACCCCGAAUGAUCAGAGUGAGCCCGUGUUUAUGGUCUCUCGCCUCUGGUGGCUCUAUCCAGCGUUCGCAGUUCCUUUAACCGUUUUCACGAUGGCUGGAUUUAUUUUGUGGCGACGCUUUCGGGAACAGAAGCCUGGAAAAGGGCGAGUGGAUUAG